AGAAGAGAGUGAAGAUGAAGAUGAUGAUGAUGAAGAUGGUGAUGAGGAGGGUGAGACAAAGAGUCUCCUACAGAUCUGAUGGGAAAUAAAAAAAGGCUCUGAGGGGACAGAUGGAGGUGAAGGUCUGACUCUACGUCAUCAUGUCUGAGGAGGCAGCAGCAGAGCGAGGCCCUGAGGAGGAGGAGGGAGGUCGUGAAGAUGAAGGUGAAGAGGGAGGAAGAGGAGGAGCACGGGUUGCCUUGGAAACCCGCAACUCCCCCGUUUACUGCGUCUGCAGGAAGAAAGACAUCAACUGUUUCAUGAUAGGGUGCGACAGCUGUUCUGAGUGGUUUCAUGGAAGCUGUAUUGGAGUUUCAGAGAGAGCAGCUAAAGCCAUCAGAGUGUGGUACUGUCCGUCCUGCAGAGACAGAGACUCGUCUCUGGAGAUUAAAUACCGUCCGAAGAAGAUAAAGGAAAAGGAGGAGAAAGAGGCGGGGCCAGAUAGAGACGACACGUUUGAGGCAGAUGGAAGCUCCACCCCCGGACCUAAGAUGGACAGGAGGAGGAGCUCUCAGAUCAAGCGCUCGGCCAGGAUGUGUGGGGAGUGUGAGGCCUGCCUGAGGACGGAGGACUGCGCUCAGUGCGACUUCUGCAAAGACAUGAAGAAGUUUGGAGGUCCGAACAAAAUCCGACAGAAGUGCAGACUCAGGCAGUGUGAGGUCCGAGCGAGGAAGAUGCUUCGGGUCCGAGACGAGGAGAUGGCUCGGAGCGGCGCCAGGGGACGGAGCCUUUUGAGGACAGGCUCAGGGCAUCAGACAGAGGAUGAUGAGGAUGAUGAGGAGGAAGAUGAGGUUUUCAGCGAGAGUGAGCUGGAGCUGUACGAGCAGUACAGAGCUGCCGGAUACAGAGACCUGGCGUGGCACAGCGAGGACGAAGACACUCAGUCGGACUCUCCGAGGAAGAAGGCGGUGAAGGUGAAACACGUGAAGAGACCAGAGAAGAAGACGGAGAAAAAGAAGACUGUGUCUGUUCCUAAAGAGGAAGUGAAGCCACGGCGCCACAAAGCGAAGCAGCGGCACAGGGAGCGCGUGCGGCACAGCGAGCGAGCCGUAGAGGGCGGGGUCAAAGAGGUGGGCGGGUCCGUGAGGCAGUGUCUGGGUCCAGCAUGUGUGGAACCAGCGAGGACCAGUUCUAAAUACUGCUCAGAUGACUGUGGGAUGAAGCUCGCCACCAAUCGGAUCUACGAGAUCUUGCCUCAGAGGAUCCAGCAGUGGCAGCAGAGUCCCUGCAUUGCAGAGGAGAUGGGGCGGAGACAGCUGGAGCGAAUCAGGAGGGAGCAGCAGGCGGCGAGACUCCGCCUCACACUGAUGGAAAAACGUUUUCACGAGCUCGAAGGAAUCAUCGCCAACGCCAAACUGCAGCAGGUCCAACAGCACGAGGAGGUGACUGAAGGGGACGGUGAUGACACUGACCUUCAGAUCUUCUGUGUGUCCUGCAGUCACCCCGUCAACCCGAAGGUGGCGCUGAGACACAUGGAGAGAUGCUAUGCUAAGUAUGAGAGUCAGACGUCGUUCGGCUCCAUGUACCCAACACGUAUAGAAGGAGCCACCAGGUUGUUCUGUGAUGUGUAUAACCCUCAGAGUAAGACGUACUGUAAGCGGCUGCAGGUUUUAUGUCCUGAACACUCCAGAGAUCCAAAGGUCCCGGCGGACGAGGUCUGCGGAUGUCCUCUGGUGAAAGACGUCUUCGAGCCGACCGGAGAGUUCUGCCGCGUUUCCAAGAGGAAGUGUAACAAACAUUACUGCUGGGAGAAGCUGCGCCGAGCGGAGGUGGACCUGGAGAGAGUCCGAGUGUGGUACAAACUGGACGAGCUGUUCGAGCAGGAGAGGAACCUGAGGACGGCCAUGACCAACCGAGCCGGUUUAUUGGCUCUGAUACUGCACCAGACGAUCCAGCACGACCCAAUCACCACUGACCUGCGCUCGGCCAAGGACCGGUAGACAGGUGAAGACAGACAGGUAGACAGGUGAAGACAGACAGGUAGACAGGUGAAGACAAACAGGUGAAGACAGACAGGUAGAGACUGACAGGUAGACAGGUGAAGACAGACAGGUAGACAGGUGGAGACAGACAGGUAGACAGGUGAAGACAGACAGGUAGACACUGACAGGUAGACAGGUGGAGACAGACAGGUAGACAGGUGAAGACAGACAGGUAGACAGGUGGAGACAGACAGGUAGACAGGUGAAGACAGACAGGUAGACAGGUGAAGACAGACAGGUAGACAGGUGAAGACAGACAGGUGAAGACAAACAGGUGAAGACAGACAGGUAGAGACUGACAGGUAGACAGGCGGAGACAGACAGGUAGACAGGUGAAGACAGACAGGUAGACAGGUGGAGACAGACAGGUAGACAGGUGAAGACAGACAGGUAGACACUGACAGGUAGACAGGUGGAGACAGACAGGUAGACAGGUGUAGACAGACAGGUAGACAGGUGAAGACAGACAGGUAGACAGGUGAAGACAGACAGGUGAAGACAGACAGGUAGAGACUGACAGGUAGAUAGGUGGAGACAGACCGGUAGACAGGUGAAGACAGACAGGUGAAGACAGACAGGUAGAGACUGACAGGUAGACAGGUGUAGAUAGACAGGUGAAGACAGACAGGUAGAAACUGACAGGUAGACAGGUGAAGACAGACAGGUAGAAACUGACAGGUGAAGACAGAUAGACAGGUGGAGACAGACAGGUAGAAACUGACAGGUAGACAGGCGGAGACAGACAGGUAGACAGGUGAAGACAGACAGGUAGACAGGUGGAGACAGACAGGUAGACAGGUGAAGACAGACAGGUAGACACUGACAGGUAGACAGGUGGAGACAGACAGGUAGACAGGUGUAGACAGACAGGUAGACAGGUGAAGACAGACAGGUAGACAGGUGAAGACAGACAGGUGAAGACAGACAGGUAGAGACUGACAGGUAGAUAGGUGGAGACAGACCGGUAGACAGGUGAAGACAGACAGGUGAAGACAGACAGGUAGAGACUGACAGGUAGACAGGUGUAGAUAGACAGGUGAAGACAGACAGGUAGAAACUGACAGGUAGACAAGUGAAGACAGACAGGUAGAAACUGACAGGUGAAGACAGAUAGACAGGUGAAGACAGACAGGUAGAAACUGACAGGUGAAGACAGACAGGUAGACAGGUUGAGACAGACAGGCAGACAGGUGGAGACAGACAGGUAGAGACACAAAGGUAGAGACAGACUUCUAAACUUCCCUGUGAGGAUUUUAUCAGUAUUGUGUGUUAUUAAUGUGUUUGUGAGUUUUUCAGAAGCACUUUCAAGUGUGUUGUGAUUAUCACCUCACGUCUCUGUUGUAAACACACAGACGAUCUCAUGAAUACAAAAAAAUCUGAUCCAGAAUGAGAUGAAUUUAAUCAUUCAGAUCAAAACAAGAUGUUUUAGUUCAUUGGAAACACAAUCCUUAAGUAUGACAUGUGUGGAGGGGAGGGGCCGGGAGAGCACCUCACCUGCACCAGAGGAUCGACCAGUGCAGGUGCUGGGCACCAGCAGCUUGUGCUUCUCAGCUGACUCUCUUUUGACUCUGUCCUGAACAGGCACGUGCACAGACAUUUUGGGGGGCAGGUGCUCAAACCCCCAAAAAAGGGCACCUAUCGCCAAAAUUAUUUUAUGAAAUUAAUAAUAAUAAUAAUAAAUAAAUAAAAAACACAGUAGGAUAUUUUCAACUUAUGUAUUUAUUUUUGUUAACAAACUAACUCAAAUUAUCAAUUUGAAUAAAUAAAUGAAUAACAGGCAAAAACAGACAAAACAAGGCCAUAUUGAAUAACCAAAUAAUAUGUUAGGGUUAGGGUUAGUGAUGUGAUGGGCUCCUCUGGACCAGGUAGGGUUACUGAUUCUCCCUCAUGUCGGGGCGAAAUUCUCACAAGAACUCAGAUAAAUGCACCGUCAGAUAUCAAAACACAUUUGGGGGGAAUUGAUGACAGAGAGAGUACAUUUUAUUCUUAAAUAUGGAUGAAUGAAGAAAAAAUUGGGCUCCAAUAGAAGGGCACUUUUCUCAUCCAGGGCAAAAGGGCCAGUGCACUCUAUCUGUGCACCUGCCUGGUCCUGAGUGUCUCUGUCCUGAGUGUCUCUGUCCUCUGUGCAUGUCUCAGUGAGGCAGCUCAGCCGCUGCAUUUUAAACCUGAGGAUCAAUGUUUAACAGUUCUCCUCUGGUCCAGGUGAAGGUGCUCUCCCAGCCCCCCCCCCACCUCGAUGUUAUAUUAGAUAAAUAUUUAGAUCUUGUCGUUCUGAGAAGCUGAUUUUGUAAAUAUGAGCUCAUUUUCAAACAGUAUUAACUCUCCACUACCCACAAUCCCUUACCGAGCUGUGACUGCAGGUGAGCUGACAUCAGACUGAGCUCCAUUGAAUGAGUGGAGGUUCGUGAUGUCAUCCUGCAAAGAUCAGAACCAGAAGAAAACUGAAACUUUGACAUGUUUUUAUUGUUUUAAAACAAAAUGUUUUUUAUUCAAAUGUUUUCUGCCUCAUUUUAUAUCAGUGUUUUU